GGGUUUCUAGUCGGCUCAUAUUUAGUGGUGCACCAUCACACACUAGUAAACAUCCGCUAGAGUUCACACGCGUUAAACUUGUUAAUUUUGUUUAUAAUUCUAAGUUUAAUCGUCAUGAGCUAUUUCCUUCCUAAACUGUCGUGUAAAAAAGACAUCGAUGACGCGAUUAAAACAGUCGCUGAGAAAGUUUUAGUGCUGCGAUUCGGCAGAGAUGAAGAUUCCGUGUGUUUACAGCUGGACGAGAUCCUGUCAAAGACGGCUCAUGAUCUGAGUAACAUGGCGAGUGUUUAUCUGGUGGAUGUGGACACGGCGCCGGUUUAUACCAGAUACUUCGACAUCAGCUUCAUUCCCUCAACAGUGUUCUUCUUCAACGGGCAGCACAUGAAGGUCGACUACGGAUCUCCAGAUCACACCAAGUUUGUGGGAAGCUUCAAAACCAAACAGGACUUCAUGGAUCUGAUUGAAGUGAUCUAUCGCGGCGCCAUGAGAGGAAAACUGAUCGUCCGAAGCCCGAUAGACCCGAGAAACAUUCCCAAAUAUGAUCUGCUGUACCACGACAUCUAGCAGCAGUAAUAGAGUCACUGAUGGAGACUAAAGAGAGCUUUCAGAUGCGUGUCUGAGUGAGAGGAUGGAGAGUUUCCUGUGGAAACGACAGAAUGAAGUAUUUAUUACGCUUGUUUUGUGUCCUGACAUUUUUAUAUGAUGUUUAAAAUAAAGCACAUUGAUUCACACUGAGCUGUACAAGAUUCAUGACCAUUUUUUUUCUAUUUAAGGUAUUUUGUGACACUUUUUGAAAUUAUCCCUAAUUUAUUUAAAGCUGUAAUAAUUAUUUUCACAAGUAUACAGACGUUAUUCAUGUACAAUAUGCUGUUGUUUAAUGUUAAUGAUAUGGUAAUGUUAUGCACAAAAAUACCUUGUUAUUCCAAUUAAAUAUUUUUAAAUGGCA